AUGCCGUCGCCCGAAGCCCUUGACGACGAUGACCUCGCUGCCCUCCUGGUCGCAGAUGCCCGCCAGUCCUCCCUUCGCUACGCAUCGCAAGGUCUCUCGGCACUGCUCCCCAGGCGACCCGCAAACUCGGCGGCGCCGAAACCAAAUACCCGGUUUCUCAAGAAUCUCGUUCGGGAUGCGGACACCCACAAUGCGAAGCUGAAGGAGAGAGAGGAGGCCGAGGCGCACGAACGGCUCAGGAGGAUUCGGGAGGAAGAGAGGAAGAGAGAACGCGAGCGGGCAUAUGAACUGAGUGAAGGCAGGGAGAGGAAGAGGCGCAAGUUGAGUGAUGAGGGCCACCACGACAGGAAGCAAUCGAGGCGUCAUCCGCACGAGGGAGUCAGGCACUCAAAUCGGGCUCAUAGUCCCAGGCGGGAACGCAGGAGUGGGCAGCACGGCGACGACCAUGACCGAGAGAGACAUCAGCGGCGACGGCAACAGCGGGAAGAAAAGCACGAAGACCACGCUCGACGACGCCGCAGACGAGAUACAUUGUCAGACGACGACGAGACCACACACCACACAACUAGAGCCUCUAGAUCUUCGCGCAGAGACCGCUCUCGAUCACGAUCAGGGUCAAAGUCAAGAUCGAGGUCGCGCAGCAGAGACAGAAAACACCAACGCAGAUCGGCACAGCACAAGAAGGAGCAGAGUCGUCCUUCCUCAUCCUCCUCCUUGUCCUCAUCAUUGACAUCCGACCCGCUCUCCAGCCUCAUCGGUCCCCAGCCGGCCUCCACCUCCGCCCACACCUCGCAAUCGCAAUCGCAAUCCCAAUCCCAAUCUCCACCGUACGUGAGAAAGCGUGGCCGAGGCUUCACGUCCACCGCCAGCUCCACGACCCUGUCCAACUCUCGCGACCCGCCGACCUCCAACUCCAACAUAGACACCCACUUCGCCCCGACAUAUAACCCCUCGGCCGACACCACAGACGCAGACGCGGCCGAACCCGACUUGGACGACGAAUGGACAUCCGCCCUCUCAGCCCUGCGCCACCGACAGUCCCACCGCGCGAAACAAGCCCUCCGCCUCCGCGAGGCGGGCUUCACGGACGCGGAAAUCUCGCGCUGGAAUGGCCCCCGUCAUGGCGACGGCGUUCCCGACGGCGACACCGGGGACGUCAGGCAUGUCAAGUGGAGAAAAAGAGGCGAGGAGAGGGAAUGGGACGUGGGCAAGGCCGCGCUGGGGUUCGAGGCGGCCGCCGCCAGUGACGACGAGGAGAAGGAGCAGGAGCGGGAGCGGGAGCAGAUUAUCAAUGCCGACCGGGAGCGCAAGAAUCUCGAGCCCAACGCUCAUGCUAGCUCCAACGCCAGGACCAUCACCGAACAUGAGCAGCGGCGACGGAACCGAAAGGAGAGGAAAGCGAUAACCAAGACUGGAGGAGACGAAGCAUCGGCGUGGCGUCGGCCCCAGAGCGGACUGUUGAAGCAGUUUAAGAGUGCCCUGCGGUAA